AUGGAUGAACUUGAUUUGGUGCUUUCAGGUGAAAGAGUCCCCAUUGACCACGAUGAAUUGAUUCCUGGUACAGUCCAUUUGGUGGAUGUUGCCCACAAUUUACAUAUUCAAAGAAAAGGUGAAUCCGAUAUUAUUCUUCAGCCUCAACCCCUGAAGAAUGUCAAUGAUCCUUUGCGCUGGUCGCAAAGAAAGAAGAAUUUGCAGUUUUUGCUUUUAUUCAUUUGGUCAUUCUUUUUAGCUGUUACAGUUAAUUGGUCGGGUCCAUUCUGGACCGAGUGGACCGAGGAGUUCAACUGUACUUACGACCAGUUGAACGUGUCUUCAGCAUUGUGUUUCUUAUUUUUGGGCUUGGGAUGUCUUUUCCUCCAGCCAACUGCCAUGAAGUUGGGUAGACGAUUCGUUUAUUUGACAUGUACGCUCUUGGCUAUCGUUGCCAAUGCAAUUGGUAUCAAUGCCACCAAUGUCCAGUACUUAAUGGCUAUCAACGCCAUCUCGGGUUUCGCUGCUGCCCCAGUCGACUCUUUGGUUGAGAUUUCCUCCACAGAUGUUUUUUUCACUCAUGAGAGAGCUUCCAAGUUGUCCUGGUUGGUCUUAGCUUUGUACUUUGGUUCUGAUAUCGGACCAGUCGUUGCUGGCUACUUACCAGACUGGAGAUGGGCUUUCAGACUCCAGGUCAUUAUUUUCUGUGUUUUGUUCGUAUUCCAGCUUUUCUUGAUGGAGGACUCCACAUUUGCUCGUAAGGAUGAAGACGAGCUGACAGAAGAGAAUAUUUUGGAACAAAUGCGUUCCAGGGAAAUCGUUUUAUCUGCCGUUGAGUCAGGUGUUGUUUCAGAGAAGGACAACAAGAUCAAGCAUAUUAUUAGCGGAGCAAACUCUGAAGAAUCUGGAGAAGAAGAAUUGGAGGGUACCAAGAGAGGAUACUGGAAGUCCAUGCAACUUUUGGAGUUAGAGUUCAAUGAGCGCAGACCAUGGCAUGUCAUUUUCAUCCGUCCAUUCUUCAUGAUUUCUUUCCCUGCUAUCAUCUGGGGUGGUAUUUCUUAUGGUGCUCAAAUGAUGUGGUUAUCCUUGCUUGCCACUACCCAGUCCGAAAUCUACACCACCUACUAUAAUUUCUCCACUGCUAGCACUGGUUUGACCAACUUGGCUCCAUUGAUUGGUUCCUUCUUUGGAAUGUUGUAUGGUGGCCCCUUCGUUGAUUGGUUAUCUAUCAAGAUGGCCAAGAGAAACAACGGUAUCUUGGAAGCGGAAUUCAGACUUUGGCCUACUAUUGGUGUUAUGGUAAUCAACGCAGCUGGUUUGUUGGCUUACGGUUUAGGUUCCGUAAAUGUGGAACCAUGGCCUCUCUCGGUUGUUGUUGGUCAAGGAUUCCUUGGUUUCGCCAUGAGUUCUUCUGGUCCAAUUACGAUGACUUACGCAAUUGAGUGUUAUCCUAAGUUGGCUUCUGAGGGUUUGGUGUUGAUGUUGUUUGUGAGAAACCUCAUUGGUACUGGUUUCACCUGGGCUCUUCAAGCUUGGCUCGAUCACAACGGCCUCACUGUGGUUACUUGGUUGAUGUUUAUGCUCUCCCUUGUUAUCAAUGGUGCAUUCAUCAUCUUCAUUAUUUGGGGUAAGACUUUCAGAAAGAUGACCAGAAGUUACUACUACAAAAUUUCUAACAAGAACUUCCCUUUUAACUAA